AUGGCAGUGGCUAUAAAGCUUCCUUAUUCUGGCUGUGAACACAUCGACGACAAAGUCGUGAGCAAGGUCAAGGGUGUCCGCUCCAAAAAUAGCGAGCUAGGGCUGGUGGUGUACACGUGCCUUGACUGUCCAGUCAAUGGAGGCUUUUCAUCCCUCGACAAUCACUUCAAAACAACCAGACAUGGAUUCGCAGUGUCCGCUCGAUCGGUUUAUUGCGGGCGUUGUAACGACCUAGUCUACGAUCCGGAUUUCCUCCUCAGCAGCGCCAAGAAGCGGAAGCUAGCUCAGACCUCCGAUGAAGAUGAUUCGUACAUGACAUCGAAUACUUCGACGAGACCGUGUGGUCGUGAAGGCGUACGUGGAUUAUUCAAUCUCGGCGAGACGUGCUACAUGAACGCUGUCCUUCAGAUGAUGGUUCACAACCCAUUACUGGCGAGCUACUUCUUGGGUAUGGGCCAUCCGAUUCAUCUCUGUCCGAUAUCCAAGGAGCCAGACAAAAAGAACGAAUCGGAUUCGGAAGAUGACGAAGAGGGGGAGGACAAGGAACAGAAAACAUGCGUGGCCUGUGGCAUGACCGAGGUCUUUUCCGAUGCGACACAGGCCGAUCAAUCUUUGCCAGCUCAUGCCGUGAACCUCCUCUUUGCAUCGUGGAAGAAUAUACCGCACAUGUCCGGCAAACAACAGCAAGACGCUCAAGAGUGGUUCAUCCUGAUCGUGGACAAGCUCCACGAGGCCGUUUCUCAAAACCAGGACUCCAAAUUGAGGUGUGAUUGCUUCUUCCAUAAAGUCUUCUUCGGCCGCUUGAACAGCGAGGUCACCUGCGACAAAUGUCAUACUACCAGCUCUACCGAAGACGAGUACUCCAGCAUCUCGCUGGACUUCAAGAAGCAAGUAAAGAAGAAGAAGAAAGCCCUUCCGGAUGUCAAGACCGCUGUUCCAAACAUCUACGAAUGUCUCCGCAGCUACACAGCAGCGGAAUCACUGUCUGCCGAGCAGUACAAAUGCAGAUCCUGUGAUGGACCGCGGUCUGCCAGUAAACGGGUCCGGGUUAGGAAGCUGCCUGCAAUACUCUGCGUCCACGUCAAACGAUUCGGGAUGAAGAUUGUGGGCACCACCUUCGUGCAAGAGAAGUACGAGGGCAAGAUCGAUUUCCCGCUGGUGCUUGACAUGGGUCCCUAUACCACACAGGCGAAAUCGGCAGCUGUCAGUGACCAGUACGUCUACGAUUUGGAAUGCGUGGUUGUCCAUCAAGGUGAGAACGUGCACAACGGCCAUUACUUCGCCUUUUGUCGGCAGGACAAGAAGUGGUUUCGAUUCGAUGACGAGAUUGUAUCGGCCACGACGACAGAGGAUGUCCUGCGACAAGAGGCUUAUCUUCUUUUCUACUCGCUUCGCUCGCUUGCGAGCGCUUGA